AUGGCACCAGCUGCGCUGUCUACUUAUCAGAAAGAUGAGAAAGUCCUCUGCUUUCAUCAUGAGAUCUUAUAUGAAGCAAAAAUUCUUGAUGUGAGGCAGACCGAUCCAGAGGAUAAGAAAAGCCCUUUCGAAUAUCUAGUUCAUUACAAGGGCUGGAAGAACACCUGGGAUGAUUGGGUUCCUCAGGAUCGACUUCGCAAAUUUACGGAGGAGAACAGAGAACUUGCUACCACCCUCCGUCGCGAGGCCGAGGCUGCUUUCCGUCAAAAGAACACAAAAACUCCGCUUAAGCGGAAGGCUGGAUCCGAUCGUGGGUCUGUUCGCGAUAGCGAAGAAAGGCAAACAUCGGUCCCUGGCCGUGCAACGAAGAGGGCCAGAGACAAUGAAGUCGAGAAGGAAGAGCAUUUCUAUACACGGCCUUCAGUGAGAAUUGUCAUGCCAGACAACUUAAAAUCACUCCUGGUUGAUGACUGGGAGAACGUGACGAAGAAUCAACAGGUUGUAGCUUUGCCAGCGAAAGCCUCCGUCAACCAAAUCCUUGAGGACUUCACAGCGGAAGAGAAGCCAAAGCGUACAAGCUCAGCUGAUCUUGAUGUCCUGGAGGAAGUGAUAAUGGGCAUCAAAGAAUACUUCGAUAAGGCUUUGGACAAGAUUCUCCUAUACAGAUUUGAGCGCGAACAGUACAAAGCGCUCCGCAAGAAUUGGGAGUCAGGAUCCGGGGACUUUGCAGCGAAAGGUCCCCUGGAUAUCUAUGGGGCGGAGCAUCUAACGAGACUUUUCGCCACGAUGCCUGAACUCAUCGCGCAGACCAAUAUGGACCUGCAGUCGACAAACAGACUCCGAGAAGAGCUGUCUAAAUUCACUCUCUGGCUGAGUAAAAACUCAGACAAGUAUUUUGCCACGAGAUAUAUGACCGCGAACAAUGAAUACGUCGAGAAAUCAAGGGGCAAUCCAAAUCCAGCCCCUGCUACUGCUCCGACGAAACUCGUUUGA